UUGGUUCGCCAUCGGUUUCCUGCUGCAGUAAGAAGGGCCGCGUCGAGACAGACUGGGAAGACUCAACACCACCACCUCCAAUAACUAUACUGUACAAUGAAACUGUUAACAUUAUCUCCCUCUCUCGAUAUCCGCUUUGUCACGGUUAUAUCGCUGGUGAUGGGCCUCUCUACUCCUGGACAAGCAGAAAUCACCAGUCUGGACUCAGGCAACAUUGAUGACGUCCUAAAUAAUGCUGGGGUGGCAUUAGUGAAUUUUUACGCAGACUGGUGCAGGUUCAGUCAGAUGCUCCAUCCAAUUUUUGAGGAGGCAUCGAACAUAGUGAGGGAGGAGUUCCCUAAUACCAAGCAGGUGGUGUUUGCCCGUGUCGACUGUGACCAACACUCGGACAUAGCCCAGCGGUACCGCAUCACCAAGUAUCCAACAUUGAAGUUGUUCCGCAAUGGGAUGAUGAUGAAGAGGGAGUACAGGGGUCAGAGGUCAGUGGCGGCCAUCGCUGACUUCAUCCGCCAGCAGCAGGUCGACCCUGUGAAAGAGAUACACUCAAUGGAGGAGGUUAAUACUGUGGAUAGGAGCAAGAGAAACAUCAUAGGUUACUUUGAAAAAAAGGACUCCGAUAACUACCACUCAUAUGAAAAAGUUGCCAACAUCCUUCGAGAUGACUGCACGUUCUUGGCUGCCUUUGGUACUGCAUGUGAGUCCGAGCGCUUCGGUGGAGACAAUGUAAUCUACAAGCCUAUGGGGGAAAGUGUCCCUGACAUGGUCUACCUCGGCUCACUCACUAACUUCGACCUGACCUACGCUUGGGCCCAGGACAAGUGCGUGCCUCUGGUCAGGGAGAUCACCUUUGAAAAUGGAGAGGAGCUGACUGAAGAAGGAAUCCCUUUCCUCAUCUUGUUCCAUGUUAAAGAAGACGCGGAGAGCUUAGAGCAGUUCCAACAUGAAGUGGCUCGCCAGCUCAUCAGCGAGAAAGGGUCUAUAAACUUCCUGCACGCCGACUGCGAGAAGUUCCGCCAUCCUCUGCUCCAUAUCCAGAAAACUCCUGCUGACUGUCCCGUCAUCGCUAUAGACUCAUUCAGACACAUGUAUGUCUUUCCCGACUUCAAAGACCUCGCUGUCCCUGGCAAGCUGAGACAGUUCGUGUUGGACCUUCACUCUGGAAAGCUGCACCGAGAGUUUCACCAUGGUCCUGACCCCACAGACAGCACGCCAGGAAAGGAGGAGACGGGAAGAGAAGUGGCCAGCAGCCCUCCAGAGAGCUCGUUCCAGAAGCUGGCGCCCAGCGAGACUCGCUACACCAUCCUCAGACGGGACCGCGACGAGCUGUGACCUCAACGGCCUUCCAGUGAUCCUGUGACUCAAUGCCACGCCCCGGGGUCAGGGAGGGGGUUAGGGUUGGGACAGGCCAGCGGGACAGAACAGCAACACCCAACACCCUUACUGAAGAGAGAGAUAGAGAGAUGGAGAAGAGGAGAAUGAAGAGGAAGGAGGAGGAGAAAAGAACAGAAGGAGGUGAAGAGAGGAGUGCAGUCCACGACACAACCAUGUUGGAAUAACCUAUAUUUUCAUAACUCUUUCACGUACAAUUUUUAUUUUGGAUCAAAAAGGAAGUGGGGUAAAGAAGAAAAUGUGUGAGGGCAGGGGUUAGGGGCAUUAGGACAUCAAGAGAAGUGUUUUUACUUUUAUUUUUUGGAGCUUGUAAAUAUGUUUGUGCUACAUGGGAGUCUCAUUGUUGGUCUAAAUUAAAUGCAGAGUUUUCUUUAUUUUAUUUCUUUCUUUUUCAUCACCUGGCUUUUUGUAGAAACCACCCCCCAGAACAGUUCCCUCAGUCCAGUUGUACGGUUCUUAUCUGUGGGUAGUCCAGUUCAGCCUGUCAGCCUGACCUCAUGGCUGCAUCUCAAUAUGACCAACUCUAGUCUAAUUCAUUUGUAUAGCACAAGUUAUAACAAUAUGCCUGUUUGAAGUAGCUUUAUCUCCAUAUCUUCUCCACACACGGAGUUCUGAAGGAAUAGAAAAAUAUUUUGAAAUACUUGGUAGGGGUAACAUAAUUUCAAACCAUGACUUGAGACAGAAGAUAAAGAGACAGAGCUACUCCAGCCUAUUGAGAUGCACCCCUUCUCUCCCUGGUACUAAAUGGCUAUAGAAUAUGUCUCUUACAGUGCUUAUAAUAAGUAUUGCCCCCUUUGACCUUUUUCAUGUGUUACUGUUUUACACACUGAAUCACAGUGGAUGUAAUUAGGAUUUCUUUUUUUAAAUACUAUAAUGUCAAAGUGAAUGAGCUUUUGGCCAUCAUACUAAAUUCUGUGUUUAGUAUAAGCCGAACACUGCACAAUACUAAAAACACACCACCCCCAUCAUGAAGCCUGGUGGUGGCAGCAUCAUGCUGUGUGGAGGCUUCUCUGCAGCAGGCCCUGGAAGGCUUGUGACAGUAGAAGGUUAAAUUGAUGCAGCAAAAUACAAAGAAAUCCAGGUGAAAACUUACAGCUAAAGAUGUAUAUUUUUUACAACAAGACAACCCCAAACAUAAAGCCAAAUCUACACAGGAAUGGCUUGAAAACAAACAUGUGAAUGUCCUGGAUUGGGUAAAUCAGUGUCCAGACCUUGGUCCAAUCCAGAAUUUUUCAGGACUUUAUAAUUCCUAUUCACUCAAAGUAUGAGCAUGUAACUUGACCAAAGUAACUUGAAAGGUUCUUCUUCGAAAAACCUCUCUUUGAAGAAUUAGUGUCCAGAUGUGUAAAGCUGUUACAGGCCUAAUGAAGUAGACCUAAGGCUGUAACUGUUGCCAAAGGUUCCUCUAUUAAGUAUUGUCUUGAAGGACAUAAAUACUUGUGCAAUCAGGAAUUUUAUUAAUUUUGUACCUAAGACCAAUUCGUAGAAAUUUCUGUUCAUUCUCUUAAAUGCUGAUUACCUCCACUACUGUAAAACAGUAAAACAUUAAAAGUCAAAGCGGGCUGGAUGCCUUGUAAUGGCACAGUAUUUGCCCUAACACCCCUGAGUUGUGAUCCCAGGAAUCAAAUAGAGGAGAAAAAAAAUGUUUUGAAAUGGUGUACUUUAAAAUGAUCACAAAUUUAUGAAAUGUUGUUUUUGCUGUUACCUGAAGUCAAAUGUGUCAUCAUGCUGGGAGAGAAAAGACUGCGUCCUUCCCAGUGUUUUAAAAAGCUGACAGAAAAGAGGAGAAAACCCAUGUGAUGAAUGGUGGAACUUUACAGUCUGCCACUUUAUACAAGUUCUCUUAAAACUGGUUUUGUCUCUUUAUAUGUCUUUGAGGUUUUGGUACAAGUCUAAGUCCCUGAGAUCCACUAAGCAUGAAUGAAUCCAAAAGCGGAAGCCAGAUUAAGAGUGUGGGGGACCCAUUGCUAGGUUUGUACUGUGCGCCCUGCCCUUCCAUAGAAGCCAACAGAUGCCUGCAUAGUGACAUAUCAGCUCACAUACGGGGGGGGGGGGGGGUAUGGAGUGUGUUGCCAUUUCUAAACCAGUCAUCUCAGAGGGGAAGAAGAGUAAAAAAAUGAAAAAGUAAAUUAAAAACCAUUUUACAGGAUAUUAAGUUGUCUGAUGUGUUGUAUGUCAGUCUCUCUGACCAUUACUGGUGUUACUGUUCUAUUUAUCCAAUGAAUUUCAUUAGUGUUGAAAAGAAACAUUUUAUUGAAAACCAGCAGCAGUACAAUCAAUACAUGGCAGGUUUUUACACUCCAAUCCCUGAAGUGAUCUGGACAGUGGCACUUUGGCGCUUUUUGUGCAAUGUUGCUCUCACAAAUAUAUAUACAGUAUAAUUUAAAAGCAGGACCACUUGAAUUUACAUUAUUAAGUAUAAGUAACACCACAGUGACGGUAGGCAAAAUAAACAUUUUCUCCAUACAUCAUUAUUAUUGUAUGUAUUCACAUUAGGAUAUUAUUUUCUGCAUAAAAGGAAUAUUGAGGCAUAAUCACUGGUGAAAAAGAAUAAUUUGAAAAAAAGAUGCUAGCUCGAGGAACACACAAACGGUGUUCUUGUUAGUGACAGCAUUUGACAGAAUGGUUGGGUUUGUUAAAUUAAUUUAUUUGGUGCCAAAGACUUCUUUAAGUAAUGAGAUGUGCGCACAGCCAUGUCAGGCUGACACAACCACACACUAAAAACUGUAGUGUAAAUAAUUCCUCAACUGUGUUCAGAAUAAAAAAAAAAAAAUCA